AUGAGACAGAGUCAUCUCUUUUAUUUGGCGUUCCUUACCACGACUGUGGUAUGCGUACCAAUCAAGACUCGCCUCGAAGCACGCAUUGAGAAUGGCUUAGCCUCAACCCCUCCAAUGGGAUGGAAUUCGUAUAACCACUAUAGCUGCCACCCGAAUGAAACCAUCAUAAAGUCCAACGCAAAAGCACUCGUCGACCUGGGUCUAGAUAAACUCGGGUAUCGCUAUGUGACAACGGACUGCGGUUGGACGGUAGCAGAUCGAUUGACGAAUGGAUCUUUGACGUGGGACGAGACUUUGUUUCCGAAUGGCAUGCCUGCUUUGGGGGAUUACAUACACGGCCUUGGCCUCUUGUUUGGAGUUUAUGAGGAUGCCGGCAUCGAGACCUGCGGGACGGGGAUUCCACAGGCUGGGAGUCUCUACCAUGAACAGCUUGAUGCAGAGACUUUUGCAGCCUGGGGAGCAGACGCACUAAAAUAUGACAACUGCUAUUCGGACGCUGCCACCGGAUAUCCCAAUGUCGCCUAUCAGCCUAGCACUUCCCCAUCGGCACGUUAUCAAAACAUGACUAACGCCCUAUCCAACCUCAACCGUGAAAUCUUGUUUCAAAUUUGCGAAUGGGGCGUCGACUUUCCCGCUCUCUGGGCCCCCAAUCUCGGCAAUUCCUGGCGUAUAGGAAACGAUAUCUCGCAAAAUUGGCAAUCCGUUUUCCGUAUUAUCAACCAAGCCGCAACUCAGACCUCAUUUGCUGGCCCGGGACAAUGGCCUGACUUGGAUAUGCUCGAGGUAGGCAACGAUAUCUUCACAACGCCCGAGGAACAGACACACUUCUCUCUGUGGGCCAUUCUAAAAAGCCCACUGGUGAUUGGCGGCGCAUUAAAAGAUACUUAUACGUCGAUCAGCCAGGCAUCACUCGGCGUGCUUAACCAGCCAGAUGUCAUCGGAUAUAACCAAGAUCCGUUGGGAAAGAGUGCAAACUUAGUACGUCGCUGGUCCGAUGACGAGUAUGAUGUAUGGAGCGGGCCAUUGUCGGAAAAUCGCACUGUCGUCGCGCUUGUCAACUGGGCCCAUACCGCUCGCACGUUACAGUUGGAUCUCUCCGAUGUAGGCAUUCAGUAUGCGGCAACUGUGAAGAACAUCUGGGCUGGUAGUGAAGCAGCUAGUGUUAAAACUUCAUAUUCUGCUUCUGUAGAGCCUCACGGGACUAUUUUGUUGGAAAUCAAGGGGACUUCACCGGCAGGCUACUACGCCACUGAUAUUUUUGCCACGUCUACAAACGUCGAAACCAUCUUUUCUGAUAUCUACGCGGUGACAGAUAGUGGGGAAUUUCUUCUUGUCAUCGACUUUACGCAGCCUCCGAGCGAGGGAAGCCAAAUAGAUAUACAGGUUAGCCCUAGCGGAUACAGCACAACCAUCGAUGUACCUUCUGGCUCUAGCCAAGCAUCAACAAAUAUAUCCUUGUCUGCAGGGGCCAACAACAAUAUCACCAUUAGCACAACGGGCGUAUCGUCAAUCAAAAUCACGAACCCACCUGGGGCAUAUUACCCAAGUACGUCCUUUGCACGAACCGGGUCAGCCAUCCUUACAGAAUGUGGACAAGGCUAUUGCCAGCCUGUAGGCUCGAAGAUUAGUUAUUUAGAACCAUCCUCGAGUGCAACAAUUACCAUUCCGGCAAAGACAGCAGGAUCCAAGUACAUCCUUCUAGAUGUCAUCAACAACGAUAUUACUUAUUCAAGCACCUUGACGAACUCCCGAAACAUAACCAUCUCGGUCAAUGGCGGUUCGCCGGUGCGACUUGAGGCACCACUCACUGGCCGGCAUAGUGAACUAUUCGGGCCUGGUGAUGGAUGGUGGGAUCCGUCGACGUUUGGGGUUCUAGUCCCCGGGUGGGAAGCUGGGAACAACAGUGUUAAUAUUGGGAACCAGGGAGGCGAAGGAGAUCUUCAGACUUAUGCGGCAGAUUUUGUCGGGCUACGCGUUCUGGACUGA